CUGGAAACUGUUUAGGGACCAAUCCCGAAUGCAGCCUUUGACAAGUCUCGUGCGAGCUGCUAAAUGCCGAGCAUACCCGCAUUCAUCGUCCCAUAUACAUCUUAUAUAAGUUCCUGAGCCGUUUUCGGGGACUGCCGAGGCCCAUAAGCCAUCAGAGACUGGGUCAGGCUGUCCCCAUCAACGUUGCUCAGCAUUCCCUGGACUGGACUACCCAGGCAUUGGCCCGACGGCUUGGAUCGUCUCUGCGCUAGAUAUAUCUCCCGCUCGACCUUGCGCAGAGCCAGUGCGCAGACAUCACCAUGGCUUUGCGCAAGAUUAGACGUGUCCUGGCGGACCUCAAAUACACUCCCAAACUCUCUGGGACCAUCUCAAAGUCCAUGAGAUUGAACUCAUAUCCGAUACGCGCAAAACUGCCACCACCCUCAGUCUCCGAUGGGCUCAUCAAGGCCUCGAUGCCAGCCGGCGGAGACAUCCAAAUUACCAACGAGGGCGUCGACCUUUCGAGGUACAACCCAGGGACACCUGUGUCCGUUCGGCCGAAGCGGGCGGUUCUGCCUCACUUUUGGCUGCGUGAUAACUGCCGCUGCGUUCGAUGUGUGAACCAAGACACCAAACAGCGAAACUACAAGACGUUCAGUCUGGACCAGGGCCUUCAUCCACUCGAGGCGCACAUGCGCCAGGAUGACCUGCACGUAACAUGGAGCGACCAUCACCGCAGCGUUUACCCCCGUGAAUUCAUCUCCUACUACCUCGCCCAUGAUAGGCGGCCGGCAACAGCAGACUUUCCCAAAAAGAGUCUAUGGGCAACAUGGAACGACCGGAUGCCCCCGACGGCCCUGUACAGCAAAGUCAUGGACCCGGACAACAAUGACUUUGGUGUCUCUGUUCUCACCUCCCACCUUAUGAGGCAUGGUUUCGUCUUUGUCCCGGGCACGCCGGCCACGCCCGAAGAUACGGAGAAGCUCCUGGAGCGCAUUGCGUUCGUGCGCGUGACGCACUACGGCGGUUUCUACGACUUCAUUCCCGACCUGGCAAAGGCCGAUACCGCAUACACGAACCUGGCACUACCCGCGCACACGGACACGACCUACUUCACAGACCCCGCCGGCCUCCAGGCCUUCCACCUGCUCUCCCACGUGAUGCCUUGGGAGCCGCCGACUGGGCCAACACCGUGGCCCAGAACUCUGGCGGCCGAGGCGCCGGCUGCAUCUUCUGCCUCCCCACCUGAGCCUAUGACGCCCAUGUCUGUAUCUGCUCAAGACAGUUGGGAGGCCUUCGCCAGCAGGCUCAUGAGUGAGAGCAACUCACACAACAGUGACACCACCACCACUAUCACCGUCAGUAACAGUGACGAUAGCGACACCGGAAUGGUCAGGAGGGUACUUUCGGGAUCCGUGAGGGCCUCCGACUUGGAGCAGGGGGGCAAGUCGCUUCUCGUGGACGGCUUUCACGCGGCCGAGCUCCUCCGCGAGCAGGACCCCGAGGCUUUCAAGAUCCUGUCCACGGUCCGUCUGCCCUGGCAUGCGAGCGGCAACUCGGGCAUCGCCAUCUCGCCGGACAAGCGGUACCCCGUCAUCGAGCUCGGCGAGGACGGCACCACUCUGCACCGGAUACGGUGGAACAACGACGAUCGCGGCGUCGUCCCGAUCGAGGACGGAGGCUUCUCGGCAGACCAGUGGUACGAGGCCGCCCGCAAGUGGGACAGCAUUAUUACCCAACCGGAACAUGAGUUUUGGGUGCAGCUCAAGCCAGGCACGGUGUUGAUCUUUGACAACUGGAGGGUCAUGCACGGCAGGAGCGCUUUUGUGGGCACUAGGAGGAUUUGCGGCGGCUACAUCAACCGAGACGAUUGGAUCUCGCGCUGGAGGAACACGGCUCUUCCUGCUGACGAAGUCUCCGACACUGUGAUCGGAUAGGAGGCGGAUGGAAGUUUCUUGGUGUAGCAGGGGGCUUUUCAUGGCAAACAACUGUAAUCAUAUGGUCUAUCAAGAUUUGAGGUCUGAGUAUCCAAAGCCAUGUUCACACUAGAAACCCCGCUGUCUGUAGAUAGGUCGAUCGACUAUAGAUAUUAUUGCAGUGGAACGAGGUAGUAAAAGCCACCGCGGUUUGUAGCAUGCAUCAUUUGGGGGUUUCUUGCCCGACAAGCCAAGCCGAGCGCGGGUGGUCACGUCGCAUCUGCC